AUGUCCGAAAUCAACCCUGCCUUCGUGCUCCACUCCAUCAAGAACGUCUCGUUCGAGAACCGCGAGGUGCCCAAGCUCAGAGAUGAGUACGAUGUGCGCGUUCACAUUGAGCAGACGGGCAUCUGCGGCAGCGAUGUCCACUACUGGCAGCGCGGCCGGAUCGGCGACUUCAUCCUCGAGUCGCCCAUCGUUCUCGGCCAUGAGAGUGCCGGGACCGUUGUUGAAGUCGGAAGCAAGGUGAAGAAUGUCAAGGUCGGCGACCGUGUUGCUAUUGAGCCCGGUGUGCCAUGCAGGCACUGCGAUCACUGCAGAGCUGGCGCAUACAAUCUCUGUGCAGACACCGUCUUCGCGGCGACACCUCCAUGGGACGGUACUCUGCAGAAGUACUACAUUGUUGCCGGCGACUACACCUAUCCUAUCCCGGAGCACAUGACUUCCGAGGACGGCGCGCUGGUGGAGCCGGUUGCUGUUGCGGUGCAAAUCUGCAAGGUUGCUGAGUUGAAGGGCGGCCAGACAGUGCUUGUCUUUGGCUGCGGGCCCAUCGGUGUUCUUUGCCAGGCCGUGGCCAAGGCCUACGGCGCCAGCAAGGUCAUCGGAGUGGAUAUUUCUGAGUCUCGCGCGGCGUUUGCCAAGGACUUUGCAGCCGAUGAUGUCUAUUUGUCGAAGAAGCUUCCCAAUGCUCCUGAGGACCCUGUUGAUGCUUCUCGCGCCAUUGGCGAGAGGAUUCUCAGGGACUCCGGUCUCGGAGAGGGGGCUGAUGUGGUAUUAGAGUGCACGGGUGCUGAGCCGUGCAUCCAAGCUGGUGUUUUUGCUACUAAGAAGGGUGGGACUUAUGUGCAAGCUGGGAUGGGCAAGGAGAAUGUUGUAUUUCCCAUUACAACUGCGUGUAUUCGCGCAUUGAACAUCAAGGGUUCGAUCAGGUACACAACGGGAUGCUACCCCGAGGCUGUCAACUUGGUAGCGUCAGGAAAGGUCCACCCAAGGAAGUUGAUCACUCAUCGUUACAAGUUCGAGGAAGCCGUCGAGGCCUUUGAGGUUGUAAGACAGGCGAAGGAAGACACUUUGAAGGUCGUCAUCCAAGCAGCAAACAUGGUCCUCCCGAGCCACCCGAACCCCGCAGCGCCGGUCGCCUCCCACUUCGACCUCGCCGGGAAGACGGCCAUCGUCACGGGCGGCACCCGAGGCAUCGGCCUCGAAGCCGCCCGCGGUCUUGCCGAGGCCGGCGCUAAGGUUGCCAUCACGUACACCAGCACGCCUCCGGAGGAGGCCGAUGCCACGGCCGCUGCCCUGUCCAAGUCUAGCAACGGCGUGCUGGUGAAGGCGUACAAGUGCAAUGUCAAGGUGCGUUCUGAAGUCGAGGCCGUCAUUGAGGCCGCAACGAAAGAGGUCGGCGGCGGAAAGCUGGACAUCGUCGUGGCCAACGCCGGUAUUGCGGACCACAUCCCUGCUAUCGAAUACCCCGAGGACAGGUUCCGUGAGAUGCUGGACGUCAACUUCCAUGGUGCAUUCUGGACUGCGCAGGCGGCGGCCAAGGUGUUUGAGAGGCAGCUGAAGGCGGGCAGUGACGGACGGGGCAGCAUCAUCUUCACCGCAUCAGUGUCGGCUAUUUUGGUGAAUGUGCCGCAGAGGCAGGCGGCUUACAACGCGAGCAAGGCUGCGGUGGUGCACCUUGCCAAGUCGUUGUCGGUGGAGUGGGUUGACUUUGCGCGGGUGAACUGCGUGUCUCCUGGGUUUAUUGCGACGGACAUGCUUUCGGUGCACCCCGAAGAGUGGAGGAAGCAAUGGUUCUCCAUGAUUCCCGGAGGCCGACUUUGCGAGCCCGCUGAGCUGAAGGGCUCGUAUGUGUACCUCGCCAGCAACGCCAGCAGUUAUAUGACAGGUGCCAAUCUGGUGAUUGAUGGUGGAUACACAUUGCCUUAA